GACGGAAGCCGCCAUAGGUCAAUUCCAGUCGGCGUGCUCAUUUGAACAAGAAGAAGCGCUGCGAAGCACGGCUGGAGAGCGGCCUAGUACUGAUAACUCAACUUUCACGUCGAUAUUGUACGUAUAGUAUUGGUACGUGUACACUCCUGACACAUCUUUCAGACACGGUAGCCGUCGGUCGGACCGGUUUGUCGGGAUGGAGUGGCAGCCGGAUGAGCAGGGACUUCAGCAGGUCCUCCAACUGCUCAAAGACUCACAGUCGCCAAACACAGUCACACAGAGAGCUGUUCAACAAAAACUUGAACAACUCAACCAGUUUCCUGACUUCAACAACUAUCUCAUCUUUGUCCUCACACGACUCAAAACUGAAGACGAGCCGACUCGCUCUCUAAGCGGUCUGAUACUGAAAAACAAUGUCAAAGCCCACUACCAAAACUUCCCCCCAACUGUUGCGGACUUCAUCAAGCAGGAAUGUCUUAACAACAUCGGUGACCCCUCACCGCUUAUCCGAGCCACCAUUGGCAUCCUGAUCACUACUAUCGCCUCUAAGGGAGAGCUACAAACAUGGCCCGAGCUGCUGCCCCAGCUCUGCAACUUGCUCAACUCCGAGGACUACAACACUUGCGAGGGCUCGUUUGGAGCACUGCAGAAGAUCUGCGAGGACUCGUCGGAGCUGCUGGACAGCGAUGCGCUGAACAGACCCCUCAACAUUAUGAUUCCUAAAUUCCUUCAGUUCUUCAAGCACUGCAGCCCCAAGAUUAGGUCUCAUGCCAUAGCCUGUGUGAACCAGUUCAUCAUUGGCAGAGCGCAGGCUCUAAUGGACCACAUUGACACCUUCAUAGAGAGCCUGUUUGCGCUGGCAGCAGAUGAGGACUCUGAGGUUCGAAAGAACGUGUGCCGAGCCCUGGUCAUGUUACUGGAGGUCCGCAUUGACCGCCUGAUCCCCCACAUGCACAGCAUCAUCGCGUACAUGCUGCAAAGAACCCAGGACCCUGAUGAGAAUGUGGCUCUGGAGGCCUGUGAGUUUUGGCUGACUUUAGCAGAGCAACCGAUCUGUAAGGAGAUGCUGUCCGGACAUCUGGUGCAACUGACGCCUAUCUUGGUAAAUGGAAUGAAAUAUUCGGAGAUAGACAUCAUACUAUUAAAGGGUGACGUGGAGGAGGACGAGGCAGUUCCAGACAGCGAUCAGGACAUCAAGCCCCGUUUCCACAAGUCGCGCACUGUCACCUUGCAGCACGAAGGAGGGGAGGACGAGGAGGGGGAGGACAUCGAGGAAGACGAUGACGACGACGACGACACUCUGUCUGACUGGAAUCUGCGAAAGUGUUCUGCCGCAGCACUGGACGUGCUAGCCAACGUGUUCCGCGAUGACCUGCUGCCCCACCUCCUGCCGCUCCUGAAAGGCCUGCUUUUCCACCCCGACUGGGUCAUUAAGGAGUCUGGCAUCCUGGUGUUGGGGGCCAUAGCUGAGGGCUGCAUGCAGGGCAUGGUGCCCUACCUGCCGGAGCUGAUCCCGCACCUCAUCCAGUGUCUGUGUGACAAAAAGGCCCUGGUGCGCUCCAUUGCCUGCUGGACCCUGAGUCGCUAUGCACAUUGGGUUGUCUCCCAGCCCCCCGACUCCUACCUCAAACCCCUCAUGACAGAGCUUCUUAAACGCAUCCUGGACGGCAACAAGAGGGUGCAGGAGGCUGCCUGCAGUGCAUUUGCCACCUUGGAGGAGGAGGCGUGCACCGAGCUGGUGCCCUACCUGAGCUUCAUCUUGGACACGCUGGUGUUUGCCUUCGGAAAGUACCAGCAUAAGAAUCUCCUUAUUCUCUACGAUGCCAUAGGAACUCUGGCAGACUCAGUGGGUCACCACCUCAAUCAGCCGGAGUACAUUCAGAAGUUGAUGCCCCCCCUUAUUGCCAAGUGGAACGAGCUGAAGGAUGAAGACAAGGAUCUCUUCCCACUACUAGAGUGUCUGUCGUCGGUAGCCACCGCUCUCCAGAGUGGGUUCCUGCCUUACUGCGAGCCCGUCUAUCAACGCUGUGUCACACUAGUCCAGAAGACACUAGCUCAGGCUAUGAUGUAUAACCAGCAUCCAGACCAGUAUGAGGCUCCAGACAAGGACUUUAUGAUCGUGGCCUUGGAUCUGCUGAGCGGCCUGGCUGAGGGCUUGGGGGGCCACGUGGAACAGCUCGUGGCGCGCUCUAACAUCAUGACCUUGCUUUUCCAGUGCAUGCAGGACACGAUGCCCGAGGUGAGGCAAAGCUCCUUCGCUCUGCUGGGCGAUUUAACCAAGGCUUGCUUCCUCCACGUGAAACCCUGCAUCGCUGAGUUCAUGCCCAUCCUGGGGCUCAAUCUAAACCCAGAGUUUAUUUCUGUGUGUAACAACGCCACCUGGGCCAUUGGAGAGAUCUCCAUGCAGAUGGGUGCGGAGAUGCAGCCUUACGUGGGAAUGGUACUGCCACACCUGGUGGAGAUAAUCAAUAGACCCAACACACCCAAGACUCUGCUGGAAAACACAGCCAUUACGAUCGGUAGACUGGGUUACGUCUGUCCCCAAGAAGUGGCACCACAGCUACAGCAGUUCAUUAGGCCAUGGUGCACAUCGUUGAGAAACAUCCGAGAUAACGAAGAGAAGGACUCGGCCUUCCGGGGAAUUUGCGUGAUGAUCGGUGUCAAUCCCGCAGGAGUGGUGCAGGACUUCAUAUUCUUCUGUGACGCCGUGGCCUCGUGGGUCAACCCCAAGGACGACCUGAGAGACAUGUUUUAUAAGAUCUUGCAUGGCUUCAAGGAUCAGGUCGGGGAAGAGAACUGGCAGCAGUUUUCGGAGCAGUUUCCUCCUCUGUUGAAGGAGCGCCUGUCGGCCUGCUACGGCGUCUAACCCAACCACCCCCUGGUCCACACAGGACACCAACCUGUUAGGUUAAUAUAGGGGAAGGGUUACUGGGAUACUCAUUGCACUGCCCAGACUGUGGGGAAAAACAAGAGCUGGAGGGAUGUGACUGGCCUCGAUCCUCCACUCAGCGGAUUGCCCCUUUUUCCCCCCGCGCCCUGUGUGUCUCUGUGAGGGGAGGGUGGGAGGAGGGUGGUGGGUGUGGGAGGGUAAACUGGGGAUAUACAUAUACCUCUCGGAUUAAAUGCCUCACUAAAUCCAACACACUCAAAAAUGACUUUCGCCAACAGCACCGCAGGGAUCCUAGGUAGGCGAGGACAAACACAGGGGGUUCGGCUUUGACCUUCCCCCCCCUCCUCGAUUUUGAUUAUUCUGUUAGGAUGGUUGACGGCUGGGAGGGGAGGGCGGGGUGUCAGAUGGGUACAUAAAAAAACAAAACAAAAAAGGAAUUAUCUGAACCAGCAUAGGGUGCCACAGUCCCAAAUACCACAAUGCACGUAGUCCGUAGAAUGACUCGCACACGUAGAUGUGUUUAAAAACAGGCUCGUGCCAGAGGCUAAACAAAACGCUUUUACUAUGUAACUGCAGGAAAUGUGCACAUAAAUCUUUUGCACCUUUUAUGGCAAAAUUUGCAAAAAAACAAACAUUUGGUGUGCAUAUAUACAUGGGUCUUAUUCUCUUUUUUCACAUGUACAUUUAGCUGAAUUUAAUUUCCUUCCUCUUCCCACGGUUGCUGAAUUCCUCUCGAAAUCAUUAGGUUUCUUUUCUUUUUUUUUUUCUCCCCCCUCUUCAGUUGAGGCCAAAAAAAAAAAAAAAAGAUUCAGUAGGUUUGUCCUCUUAAAAAGGUUUUAGCACCGCAGUACCAAGUUAUUGCAUGGCAUAUUAUCACCUCUUAAGUGACGCAUGUUUGAGUGAAUGUCUUUGUCUUGUUGCACUCUUGAUUUAAUACAUUACUGUCGGUGUGCGGAGGCUGCCAUAAUUUGACGCCGUCGGCUCGUGGUUCUUUUGUUUCCUCAUACAUAUUGUCUGAGCAAUGUCCCUUUUUUUUAGAUUCACGGAGGCUGUGUGUGUGAAGACCAACUUCUAGGUAGAUUUAUACAGGAAUCAGCUCGAGUCUGAAUUUUUUUUUUUUUUUUUGUCUGGAGAAAUCACUCACUGCAACAAAGAGUUCAAAUACUGUAGGCAGGCUGAGAAUCCUUUUUGCUGCUGUUGCUUCGUUUUUAGAGUAUUUACAAAAUGGACUUAAUGAGAGCGAUAAGACAUCACCAAGAAUGGAUUGGUUCUUACUGAUAUAAAUGCACUUUUUUCUUUCUUUUUUUUUUGUAAGAAAUUUAGAAUUUCAAAUGUAAGACAUACAGUAAUAAUAUACUGAUCUUGAGAUAUAGUUUUUUUUUUUGAUAAGUGAUUUUAAGACUGUUAAUGGCUUGCUAAAGUAAGCGUAAUGAUGAUAAUGUUAAGCAAUGGUAAAAAUGACUAGGGUAAGACUUCAGGCCUCUUAACAUAGUUUUAUAAUGUAGCGCCUUCUAAAAAAUGGAUUGAAUUAAGAGGCGGGGAGACAUCUUCAUUACAGUAUUUUGGAUCCAUGUCCCAGUGCACCUGUCAAUCCAUAUCUGUGUUUCGAGUAUGUCUUUUUCAUCGAUGCUAUUCGUAAAGGCUUCUCCUUGUUAUGAACAUUGCAUGCUUUUCAAAGGGUCUGCUCCUUUUCUUUUUUUUUUUAAGUCGUUUUAUAUCAGAUCUGUUUGGAGGGAUCUACCUUAUAAGAGCUUUGUCAAUGGCAAUGCAACUCGCUGCUGGACUAAUAAGGUACUUAUCCAGCUUCUGAUCAAACUAGUGAUUGUUGUCGCCAUAGAUUCACCCGUCGAUACUGUGUAGGAUAUGCCUGGGAAUACACUGACUCCGAGUCCCUAAUAGUUCUCCCCCUGACACUGGUUAGCUUAUGUGAGAGAGUGAUGGACUUUAUCCGACCCAAUCCUUUAGUCCUUGUCCGUAGUGGACGCUUGUAAUGGAAGUAUGUGUGGCCUGUCGGCCAGUUGGUGUUUUAUAAAACAUUCUAUAAAGGCGUGUACACAAGUACCGCUUUAAAUGUUGCACCAGCCCUACAAUAAAAUUAUAUCCAGGGCAUAGUUUGAGUCAUGCCUGACUUGAUGUGGCCACUGAGAGAGUCACCGUUUGCCUGCCAGUUCACAUCUGUUUGAUCAUCAGGGUGCUCACAUAAUCAUCAAUGGGGAAACAUCAAACUCUAUUCCUUUCUAAAUUAUAUGGUUUUCCUUGACGUCAGCUCACAUCAAUAGAUUACAUGUUUUCUAGAAUAAGAAUUGAUGUGCGGUGACAUGGAGGUUGUUUUUUUUUUUGUAGCACAAGUGUUACUGAUGUGUGCACGCAUUUAGAUAAAGUGGCCACUCAUUUAUCACAGGCUGGACAGAUGUUUAUGGAGCAGCAACUGGUGAAGCAUUUAUUUACAAGAGAGAAAGAUGUCGCUCCUGUGCCACAAAGAAUUGGUAAAAAAAAAUCAAUAAAUUUGACUUUACCACUCCUCGCUCUGUUGUGAUACACUAAGCUAUAUACAGAAGUAAAUUUAAAAGCAAGUUGUCCACAGUUUUUCUUUUUUUAUUAUUUUUUUUAUUUUGGUGCUCAUGUGACAGGUUUUGUUUUAUUUAUUUAUUUUGAUUUGUUUUAUUAUUUUUUUAUUUUUGUGCUGCAGUGCACAAAUUGUUUUGGACUUUACAAGUUUUUUUUGUUUUUGUUUUUUUUUUCUCUUUUUUAAUUCUUUUUAUUUAAAGAAUAAUUUGUUUUCGUUGUUUUAUAGCGGACCAUUUUUAUUAUGUCAAAUUUGAUGUUGUGGUUGGACUGAAGAAGAGUCGGUGCUUGGUGCAUACCUUAGGGAAGAAUGUGGAAAACUAAUUCAUAACUUUGUUUCAAUCUGAUAUCGAGGCUGGCAAUUGAAUUUGAUGUACUUUUUUUUUUUUUUCUUUUCUUUUUUUUGCUCAACUGUGGUGCAGGUGGGAUGUUAUCUGAUGUAUCCCUUUUUAUUUAAUUUUUGUGAAUAGGGGAAAAUAAAUUUUUUUUCUAUUAAGCUUUGAGUCGGCUGAGAAUUUUGUAUUGUAAUCGUUUGAAACAUGUUUGGGUCAGACCAGAAAUUACGUAAACUUUGCAAAUAAGUUUUGCUUCCUGAUAAACUAGAAGGCAUGUUUCCAGCCUUAUUUUGCAAAUUAAAUCAAAAUGAACUUUGAAAGUCCGUUCAUGCUAUAAGCCAGAAAUCUGGCUGAAGUGCAAUUAAGACCAACGAAAGCUUGAAGUGUAAAAACAUUCUGAUACAACCUCAAACUGACCCAUCCACCUUCUGAACGUCUGCACGUUAGCUGCCGGGGUUUAGGUCAGGACAAAAUGAUGAAUUACACAACAUGCCUUUAGUAGCAGAAGAAGUGUUCUUUGUACAAUGUACAGACUAAUAAAUCUGAACAUGUACUUAAAUUUGGUGACAUGCGUCACAAUGUGGGCAUGAUCUUUUUUAAAUUCUGUUUGGGAAUAUUCAGGUUGAUUAACUGGACAGGAAUCUUAAGCCAAACACAUGGCCACAGAGUUAUGACAAUCAUGCCAUCAGCUUGUGCAGGGUCAGUCUCAACUAAAUAUCUUUUUUUUUGUUUGUUUGUUUGUUUUGUACAGAAGGUUAAUGUGAAUUUUUCUGUGACAUGUAAUGGUGAAAUUGAAGACGUUUUGUAGACAUGAAGUACUGCAAAAUAGUUUAUUUAUGGUAGAAGAGUUAGAAUGUUGCUUUAAGAGACUCUCUGUAUGCAAACUAGUACAAAGUUUGAGAAUUAUUUACUAAGUCAUAUAGUUUUUUUUUAUUGUCCAACUGUAUAUCUAUGAAUUGGUUUUAUGAUAUACAAUGUUUUCGUGGGAACUAUACCCCAGACUGUCCAUUUUAUAAAUUAGAUAAGCUGUGCCACAAUGUUUGAAUGUGUGUUUAAAAUAACGUGUAAUGACAUUUUGUAAGGUUUAAUCACACCAUGGAGUUAUUGUUUUUUUGAAGGAAUUAAAGUCACAGGUUGUUCUGGUUACACUGA